AUGGCUGAGAAAACACCAACCAUUACUGGUGCAAGCGGAUUGCACCGAAUCCCAUCCCUCCGGGGAACUGAGAAUUACAACACAUGGCGUAUACAGAUGGAAGAUAUACUUACCGAUCUCGAUCUGUAUAGCUAUGUAGACGGCACAAAUGAAAGACCCGAACCUAAGAUAAAAAUCAGGGUUACUGGUCGCAAAGACGAUGAUGGAAACGACUUACCCAAUCUUGAAGUAGGCAAUGAUGAUUCCGAAUACACGGAAUGGAUCAAAGCCGAUCGUAAAGCACUGUCAAAUAUUAGACUAAGAGUCGAAGGGAACUAUGCACAUGCCCGCCCCCAAAUUGGGACUAGUCCCGAUCACCUAAUGGGCGUCUACUCGGCUCCUGUAGUUGCUUCUGCCGACUCCGGCAAUGCGGCCCGUACCGUACCGGCCUGGUCUGUUACGGAUACCAAGUGCCACGUGAUCAAUUUGCGCUUUGCACCUAUUCUUACACCCGAGAAUAUUCACAAGAGUCCACGGAAGCCAACUGUAGUAUUAAGCUCAAAGGUUCCCAUCUCCCAUCUCAACCUCUCUGAUGGGCAACGGACAAUAAUCUUAAAGACGUACCAGAACCCAAAUGACCCAUCCAUCACUGAUAUACACUUUGACCACAAUAACCAGGCUGAAGCACAUAGGCUACUCUUAGCACAUAGGCUUGAUGCUGAGUCUCUUGACCAACCAGCCAACAAGUGGUGCGCUCAAUGGAGUAAUGGACCAAAGGAGAGAUUUAAGCAUAUCCUCUUACAAUGUUAUUGUGGGUAUCAUCAUCAGUCCCGGAAGGCAUCAACACGCCGUGUACCCUAUGACUUUACUGGAUGCCUUGCGCAUAUUGAGAUCAUUACUGUACAGGAAAAUGGACUCAUUGCACGGGUUCAUGGGAUGUUAUUUCACCAUCCCGAGUGUCUACAAGCCAAGUUAAAACGGAUACCUAUGCUGGAGCUACAUCCAAGUGUAUUUGAAGUAGCACUACAGCAACUUAGGAAUGGGGCAGCACUUACUGAGAUACAAGACAAGAAUCGCGCCAUGGUGGAAGCACACCAGUACCGGGAGCAAACAGAGUCCCUGGGGAAGUACCAAUACCUCCUCCGACGUUAUGAUACCGCAAGCCUAUACACUCAGUACUACCGCACACAUGGGAUCAACAUCAAGGAGAAAGCUCACCUCAACAUCCACAACUGGCUUGAUCCCAAGUCCAAAACCUAUCAUCCAACUCUUGCACGUGCAAUAUUCCAUUAUGCUGCCCGAACAAGCAAGUCAACCCGACUCGAAGUUUGCAUUGCAACCGAUGAGAUGAAAGAGGCUGCCUGGCGUUAUGGGCAUCUCCGACAGAUCCUCCUUGAUGGAACAUUUGGAGUCUGUGACCGGAGACUCCUCUUGUUUAUUGUGAUGGGGAUAGAUGAGCAGUUUCAUGGAGUUCCGUUGGCAUUCUUGCUAUUCUCGGCACCGGGGGGGAAUGAAGCAACCCACGGGGGAUACAACAUUCAAAUCCUUGUCAAGAUGUUAUCACGGUGGAAGGAUUCGGUGACACUGUACUGGCAACAAGAGUUCAAGCCUGCUGUGGCCAUUACAGAUACCGACGUCAAGGAGCGGGGUGCGCUUGUGAAUGUCUUCCCGGACAUAAAACUCCUUCUCUGCCGUUUCCAUCUCCGUCAACGAUGGGUCAAUAACCGGAAAAAGUGCUUACGAAGCAAAUUGCCCGACCACAAGGUUGUCCUUGAUCGCCUGGUUGUACUCGAGCGUCGGCUAAUCGAAUCGAUGGAUUUCGAUACCGCACAGGGCCUAGUAAAUGAGGAGAUCAGUGCACUGAAUCGACUAGCGGAAAGUAGUGCUUAUGCCAGUGCCGCUGGAAAAGGAUUGGCUCACCUUGGUUACCUAUCGUCGUGCUGGGUAACCAAGGCACUGUGGGAAUGCUGGUCAAAUGGUGGGCGAUGCGCAGCAGCGGCGGUGAUUGGGGUUGCAGUCCGUGAGGUUGUAAUGACGAACAACCACCUCGAAUCAUUUAACGGGCUCCUGAAGCACAAAAUGCUGAAGGGGUUGUCUCGCGGGGGUCGAAGAAUACGAGUUGAUGUACUCGUAUUUAUGCUGGCGCUGAAAAUUGCGCAGAGCAUAUUCCAGAAGCGACGACUCGAGGAGGAGGAGCGUAAAAUGCUCCAAAAAGCGCUGGAAGGGGUCCCAGGCGCAGACGCAUUAUUUGGGACCGGCCACAGCAAUCAUCGACCAAUCGAGACUCCAGUCGCCUAUCUCAGCCUGGACGCAAGCCGAGACAACGAAGCUCAUUUACUGACCCAGCAGAACCGUCUCAGUAAACCAGCCAUACACGAGAAGGGUAUUCGACUUACCUGCUGGUCUACAAGGUCAAUAGACCUGUCGGGAACCCCAACUGCGUACGAUAUUUGGCUCGGAUUCGACGGGGUGGCAUUAUGCACAUGCCUGGACUUCCAGCAGCGUGGCGGUGCAUGUAAACACAUGCGGGCUGCAAUAUAUCGAGUUCGUGACCUAAAAUUGUGGCUUCGGCACCACCAAAUCAACGACCCGAUAGUACACACCCCAAAUAUCGAAAUACCCACCAAUAAAGCUGCAGCGCUGCAAGCAAUUGCUACUCGAUACGGCCCUGGUGGUCGAAAUGUCGCCCAAAACGCGGCCGUGCAUAUCGAUUUGGGACCUGGGGAGGCGGCUGGUGCUUUCGAACAAGCGGCUCGGUGUGUAAACGAGGCAUUAGAAGGAGGUCUUUUGGGCGAUUUAGACGAUAUUGACGAGUUUAACGACGAGGAUAUGUUGGAUUUGGAAGGUGAGGGAUACGGGGAGGAGGAUGUGUCGUCUGGGGAUGACUUGGGGUUGUCGUCGAGUGAUGAUGAGUCACGAUUACCUUCGAACAGCGCUCGGGGUGUCGCUGAGCAAGUUAUCGCUCGAACUACGUAUGAUAUUAAGCGACAAGUGAAAGCAGCACCUGCUAUUCAUGCCGCGCUUGAUCAGUUUACCCACCGGGACCUAGAAAACUCCCAACAUCGAUCCGCAUACGAACAAUAUGCCGAUGUACUCAAAGGACUUGCGGCUCGAGUUCGCAGCCGCCUCCUCUCGGCCCCCCACCAUACCUCAUCGCAAACAAACACCCAACCUCCCACCUCGACACAACACGACACCAGCACAAUCCCCAUUCCCCCGUCGCCAGAAAAACGGCAAAAUCGAAAGGAAUCGCAUAGUAUCCAUUGA